GAGACUGGGCCAAGGAGGCGAGGAGGCGGCGGGAGAGGGGAGAGAAGAGGAGCAAGGCAAAGAAGAGGAGGAGAAGAAGGAUCGGGCACUCGGGCUGCCCAGGACCCAGCCCCAGUCGCAGCAGCAGCGCCAGCGCGUGGAGGGCAGGGCAAGGGCUGGGGGGCCCUGCUAUGAGCCGCCCCCGCCCCUCUGGUCCCCGGCUCAAGUCCAGAGCCCGCGGAGAUUCGGGGUAGAGACUUCAGGCGGCGGCGGCCGCUAUGAUUGUCUGGGCGGCCCUGGGCCUCCUCUGCCUGCAGCUGGCUUUGGGGCAGAGCAUACCUGAGCCAGGCCCUGCCACACACACCCCAGCUGCCCAGGGCGACCUCCUCUUCUUGCUGGACAGCUCAGCUAGCGUCUCCUACUACGAAUUCUCUCGGGUGAAGGAGUUUGUGGGGCAGCUAGUCCAGCUGCUGCCCUUGGGCCCAGGGGCCGUGCAAACCAGCAUGGUACAUGUGGGCAGUGAGCCCACAGUCGAGUUCCCCUUUGACCAGCACCGCUCAGGGGCUGCUGCCCAGGAGGCCAUCCGGGCCGCCAAGCAGCUGAUGGGGGACACCAACACUGGGCUGGCCCUGGACCUGGCCAAGGAGCAGCUGUUCACCACCAAGGCAGGCGCUCGGCCCGGCGUGCGCAAAGUGAUGGUGUGGGUGACCGAUGGUGGCUCAAGCGAUGAUGCACAGGCCCCAAUGCAGGCGCUCAAGGACCUGGGGGUGACCGUCUUCAUCGUCAGCACCGGCCGAGGCAAUUUCCUGGACCUCUCUGCUGCCGCCUCCCAGCCCCCUGAGAAGCACCUACGCUUUGUGGAUGUGGAUGACUUACAAAUUAUCAUUCCUGAGCUGCGGGGCUCCAUCCUCGAGGCGAUGCGGCCCCAGGAGCUUCAUGCCACUGAGGUCACAUCCCAUAGUUUCCGCCUGGUAUGGCCACCCUUACUGUCCGGUGACUCUGGCUACUACUUGUUGGAGGUGGUGCCCAGUGCUGACCCUGGUGCCAAGCAGAGCCGUCACUUGCUUGGGAAUGAGACCAGCUGGCUCUGGGAUGGCCUGGAACCCAGUACCACCUACAAAGUGGUCUUGGUACCCGAGUCCAAUCUUCAGUACCUUGCUCCACAGACUAUCCAAGUCACUACUCUGGAAGAAGAGAUCAGCCCAGCCCGGAUCUUCAUCUCCCACUCAAAGCCUCAUGGCUUUCACGUGAGCUGGGCCCCGACACCUGUAAGCGUGCUCCGGUACGAGGUCCUGUAUGGACCCCUGCCUGGGGGUGAGGCCCAGCUCCUUGAGGUGCCUGCCACUGAGAACAGCACCACUUUGGACAAUCUGUCGCCCAAUACCACCUACCUGGUCACCGUGGUUGCCAUCUAUCGGUCUGGCCGAGAGAAAGCCUUGUCGGCUAAGGCUUGUACACAGGAAGUGGCCUCCAAGAUCGGGCGCCUCUACUUCCAGAGCCUGGGCCCUAGCACUGUGAAGGCCUCAUGGGACUCUGCAGACGGCGAUGUCCAGGGCUACCAGGUACGGUGCCGGCGGCAGGUGGGGCCCCCAUCCCUUCUCAGCAUCUCACCGAAGACCCACAGCGUCAUCCUCACAGGCCUGGCUGCUGGCACCACCAACCAUGUGUGUGUGACGCCCAUCUACCAGAGCCACGCUGGGCCUUGGCGCUGCCAGACUGUCCACAUGCACCCUGUCACGCCAGCUCCUGAGUAUCGACCCACUUAGCCAUGCCCCAAGAUGCCCUUAGUCCCAAAUAACAGAGGAGAGCUGAGCCUUUCCAUCAGAAACAGAGCAGAGGGAAAAGCGCUGGGCCGAAGAGAUUGGGGAGAGAAGACGGAAUCUCUGUGGCCAGUUGGUCCCUCUAUGCCCCAUCAGUCCUUUCCCAUCCCUUGCAGGGUGCCUACGUCCAGUGGGUCAGCAGUCAGCUUGGGUCAGCUUGGGUGGUCCUCAAGGACUUGGGUCCAAAGCCUGACGUGCUGAUGGCUCAGCCAUGGGCCAUAGGUUCACUCUCUUUUCUCUUGUACUAUCAUGUAUGUUGUUGAUGACCUGCCCAAAGUGAAGAGUUGAGAUGGGAAGGUAUUGGCCUGAGACCUUGUCUCUAGUUUUCUAGGCAUGGUUUCCCUAGAAGAUAAGAAGGAUGGGGACUGUGACUCAAGUCUUGGUUGGGGAAGCUGAGCAGGGCUGGCCAUGGGUAUAGAAUGUAGGCAGAUGAGGGAUACUGGGAUGACCCCUGCCCUCUCAAAUUUGCCCCCUCCUAAUCCUAAAGGUUUUCCCCCAACAUGAGAUGUCCCCCCAGUUAGGAUUCCAUCCAUUCCUUUCCUUGCAGAAAAAAGCAGAGCCUUUCCUCAAGUGCAGAUUUCCUCCCUGUCUCCAAUAAGGGGUCUCCGGGAGGUCACUAACACCCAAGUAUUCAAGGAUUAUAUCAGAUCUUUCUCCAAGGUGAAGAGCAUCCAAGGAGAGGGCACUAGGAGGGGUCCAUGUUUAAGGCAGAAAAUACAUCCUUAUUUUUAAAUUAAAAAAAUACAAUUCUUCCCUGGGUUGCUGUGGCUGGUCGGCUGAUCCUUAGGUGACAGAAGCAGAUUCUGUAAAUAGGUCUAUACUUGAACUGAGCUCCAUGCCAGAGACCCAGGUCACCUCUGUGCCAAGCAAGAUGGAGAAAUUCUGUUCAACUCAGACAAUGUUAAGUAUCUGUCAUGUGCCAGACACUGGGGACACAAAACAAAAAGUGAAUGAGUUCCUUCCCUCAAGGAGCUUACAAUCUGCUAGAGUUGUUGGAAGGGUCUACUGGUGGAGCAAAAAUCAAAAUAAUGGGAUGCCACUUUGUCCAAGUGCCCUGGGGUAGGGGCAGUGGGAGAUGCCCUGCCCCUCCCUACAAGGGGUCCUGGUUCCUCUUGCACUCUGCUACUGUGUUCUAGUAUUAGUUCCUCUUUGUGAUCCAGUGGGUGUGGCCCUGGGGUGCUUCUGACUCCCAAGCUCAUGCUAAGUAGGGCUCCAAAGGGAGAUCCCUGUGUUCAAACCUUGGUCAGUAGAUGUUAUGUUCACCUACUGAUUUUUGCAUAGGCUAUCCUAAACUAACUGAAUGCUUUGUUUCUUCCUUCUUUCCCCAUUAAUGUAACAGACUUUUAAAUGACAAUAAAUUAAGCCGACACACAGAGUGGUUUUCUUCUCUUAAA